UUGUGCUCCUUCGAACUUCGUGAUGAAGCGUAACACAGAAAGUAUGUGAAUAAAUACGUAUUUUUUAUCGGAACUUUUGUAACGAGGAAUGUGGUACAGUGGAAUUUGAAUAGCCUUGAAUUGAAAUUUAUUUUAAUUGAGUUUGGAGAAGAGGAGGGUUAAACUACGUCUCCGGAUUCUUCACACCUGACAGAGUUACUGUGUGUGCUAACACUCCAGAAUGCCCAACCCCAGCACCAGACCCAGACCCAAUCGUGUGAGACGGAAUCGUAGAGUGGUGGGAGGAGAUGCUGCCAGGAAUGAGCUGGUCUCCAGGUCUCUAGAAAGUGCACAGCAGUGUCUGGUUAAUCAGGACUAUGGAACAGCCUUUGCACACUAUCUCCUGGUGCUUAAUCUGGCCCCUGCUCUGAAGGAUUUUGCCAGAGAAUCGUUCAGAUUUACUCUUUUCAAAUGGGCAGAAGAGCUGGAUGUCCUCAGCCGUAUCCAGGAUAUAUUUGAUUGCUAUGAGCAGGCGCUUGAGCUGUUUCCUAAUGAUGAAGUCAUUGUCAACAGUAUGGGAGAACACCUUUUCAGAUUGGGGUUUCGAGAUGAAGCAGCUGGCUAUUUCCACAAAGCUCUGAAGCUAAAACCAGAUUUUGUUGAUGCCAAGGAGAAUUUCCACAGAGUGGCUAACUGGUUGGUGGAGCGCUGGCAUUUCCUGAUGCUGAAUGACCACAAGAGGAACGCAAAAUACCAGCGGGCCAUCCAAAAAGCAGUGCAGUCUGGGUACAACACCGUGCUGGAUAUAGGGACAGGCACUGGCAUUCUAAGUAUGUUUGCUAAAAAAGCAGGUGCUUCUGAAGUGUGUGCCUGUGAGCUAUCCAACACCAUGUAUGAACUUGCCUGUGAGGUGGUAUCAGCCAAUGCUAUGGAAGGAGAGAUCAAGCCCUACAAGAUAUCCUCUCUUCCGCAGCAAUUCCCAGAGAACAUAAUCAACAAAGUUUCACUGGUAGUGACAGAAACAGUAGACGCAGGGCUGUUUGGUGAAGGCAUUGUGGAAACUUUGAUUCAUGCUUGGAAACACUUGCUUUUACCACCCCAGAUUUCAGAAGGCCAAGCUGUUCCCUCUAGUGGAGUGGGUCGUGUCAUUCCUGCAAGUGCCACUGUGUUUGGGAUGGCAGUGCAAUGCCCAGAGAUACGCAGACAUCACAGGCUAGGUGUGGUCGAAGUGGGAGGGGUGUGUUUGACAGCAGCCCCAGAGCUCCACAGUCCUGCCAUCUACUCCACAGACUCGGAUGACUCUACAGAACCUUAUACCACAGAAAGGCUGAGCCGGGUUCCUGGGGGGUACACCCCUCUGACUGAGCACUUCCAGGCUCUCACUGUUGAUUUCAACAGCCCACAGGAGCUGGGAGGCCUGUGCUCUCAGAAGCCAUCUCGGAUCUGUUUGCCUAUUACCAAACAUGGUGUGUUAGACGCCAUUGUUGCCUGGUUUGUUUUACAACUUGAUGAGGAGAACAGCCUUUCAACAGGGCCUGAGGAAGAGACCUGCUGGGAGCAGGCUGUCUAUCCAGUGCAGAAUCUGCUUGAUUGUGCAGUAAAGCCUGGAGAUAGUCUGAUAUUGGAGGUCUCAUGCCAGGAUGCCUAUCUAAGGAUCUGCAUGGUUUCUCUUGUGAGGGCAGGAGAUGGAAUGGAAACUGAACUAGAUGGAGAUCCCAGUUUGAGUUCGAGUAGUGAAGCUGAACUGUGCAGCGCCUUAGCCUGCCUUCAGACCACCCAAGGCAGGGAUCAGCGGAAGUGUAUGCUGGAAUCUUCUGAAAUAGCCCUGCUUAACAAUGUAAAGUACCAUGACAGUUUUAAGAGAGCGUUAAGCAAAUUGUUGUCCUCCAUAAGAGCAGGUGGUAAAUCAGAGCGCAUGGUGCUGGAUGGGACGGACUGCAGCGCAGACUGUGGGAACAGUCAGAGACAGGACUGUUCAAAUACAGCCUCUGACCCCUUAUAUGUAUUGGAUGUCUCAGAAGGCUUCUCCAUCCUGUCACUGAUAGCUGCCAAGUUGGGGUCAGUGAAGGCCUAUAGCUCAGUGGAAAAAGAGCAGCACCAAACAGUACUUAAGAUCUUGGCAGAGACUAAUGGAGUUUGUGAAGAAAUGCUGGAGUUUUGGCUCAAUCACGUGGAAGAUGACUCGGCUCUUUUGCAGAGGCCUACAACAGACAAGAUGUGGAGCGCAGUCAUCCUGGAUUGUAUUGAGACGUGUGGGCUGAUUCGACAAGAGCUGAUGGAGAAGGCUGCCCUGGCCAGGUGUCUGCUCGAACCUGGUGGAAGGAUUUUCCCUGGGCGCAUAGUGAUGUACGGUAUGCUGGUGGAGUCUGAGACCUUGCUGCAGGAGAGUGCUGUCCAGGGCACAGACCCUACUCUAGGAUUAAAUAUCGGCCCUUUCAUUAACCAGUUCACAGUCCCAGUCCAUGUCUUCCUGGAUAUUAACACCCUACCCUGUGUCCAUCUAAGCCAGAAGGUUGAGCUGUUCACACUGGACCUCAUGUACCCAAAUGAAAACUAUAACAGCAGAGAGGUUAAGGUACAAGCCUGCUCUUCAGGUAGAGUGACAGCCAUCCCAUUUUGGUAUCAAGUUCACCUGGAUGAUGAAAUCAGCAUGAGUACCUUCAGUGAAGAUUCCCACUGGAAGCAAGCAGCUGUGGUCCUUGAUGAAGCCAUAGAGGUUAAGGCUGGUGACCAGCUCCUACUAAACAUUCAGCAACACAAAAACAGCAUGUCAAUCACAGCCAAGAAAGGAGGUGAACACACUGCCACGGGCUCUGCAGACUGACCCUUUCUUCUCCAAAAAUUAAUAUUAUAUAUAUAUAUAUAUG